AUGGCGUCCGUCGUACCACUGAAGGAGAAGAAACUGAUGGAUGUCAAAAUAGGGGAGCUGCCCAGCUGGAUACUGAUGCGAGACUUCACCCCGAAAGGCAUUACUGGAGUGUUUCAGAGAGGUUACAACCGGUAUUAUAACAAGUAUAUUAAUGUGAGGAAGGGGAGCAUUGCUGGGGUUUCCAUGGUCCUGGCAGCCUAUGUGGUUUUCAGCUACUGCCUGUCUUACAAGGAACUCAAACAUGAGCGGUUACGGAAGUACCACUGA